AUGAACACCGUUUUCAAUGAUAGAGUUCCCACAAAUCUACCAACCCUAGAUGGGAAGAAUUACAGCAAAUGCUCCAAACAAAUGAAGGUGUUGUGUGGGUAUCAAGAUAUUCUUGAAGUGAUCAAGAAUGGGGUUGGCGAUUGCGAGUCGACUAAGCAAGUUUGGGAGAUCUUGGAAAAGUCUUAUGCAGUGGCUGAUAAAGCAAAGGUGUAUUGUGGAGAAGCUAUUUCAGAGCAGAAUGUUGUGUCGAAAAUCUUGCGUUCGUUGACACCAAGAUUUGACAACAUUGUAGUGGCGAUUGAGGAGUCGAAGGAUCUUCUGAGUUUGAGCAAAAAGGAGCUUCAAAGCUUUCUUGAGGCUCAUGAACAAAGGAUGGAUGAGAGGAGUAACGACAAAGCAAAGGAGGAGGUCGCUUUGCAAGCACGGUUCAAUGAAAAGAGCAAGAAGUCAAAAGGAAAAUGGCUCGUGAAGAACAAAGGAAAUUUUCAAAAAUUUGGUGGAAAAGAUUCACAAAAUUCAAUCCUACGAAUCAAAGGGCUUGGUCAUUUUGCAAGAGAUUGCAAUGAAAAACAGAGGGAACAUCAAUGUGAUGAAGCCAAGGUUUCUAGACAAGAGUUGGAUGAAGAGAAUAUACUCUUAGUCAUGAUUACAGAAGGUUAUUGCAGCAUCAGUGAGCUUCUAGACGACAGCAGCAGUUCCGGGAACGUUGCAGAAAUGUGUGCGGAAGAAAAUAUUAUGGUGACUGUGAGAGAUAGAGCCCAAGGUAGCAAAGAAUGGUACUCGGAUUCUAGUUGA